AAUAUUAUGUCUAUCACAUGGCUAAAUGGUCUAUCAAUUGUUUUAUACAUUUUUUUACUUAAUAUUUGUAUAUUUUAUUGCAUUGCAUAUUGGUAUUUACUAUUUAGUAAACGCCAAGGUGGAUAUAUCCACCUUGGUAAACUCUUAACAGUAAACAGAUUAGUAGAUUACUGUACACGUAUUUUACAGUAUAAUUACAGGUUAAAUAACAUUGUUUAAUCUGUGGUAUAAAUUAUGAUUUGAUUACUAAUACGAAAACACUAUCAUACCUACAUUAAAUAUAUAUUAGGCAGGGUAGUAGGUACUAAAUCUAGCUUUUAACAUUUAGUGUUGAUGCUGUUGAUGUUAAACCAUUGUAUUUAAGAUUAUUUCUGGUAUCCGAUUGUAAUGUCUGAACCAGUGAUUGUUGUACAUGGUGGAGCAGGAAAUAUACCAGAUAACCGGGAUCAACCAAAGUUUGAUGGAAUUAUAACUGCCAUCAGAAAAGCUCAUGAAACCUAUAAAAAAACAUCAUCUAUUACGGAUGCUUGUCAAGCCGCUGUUGAGUAUAUGGAAGAUGAACCGGCAUUCAAUGCAGGCCGUGGAUCAGUAUUAAAUCUAAAGGGAGAAAUUGAAAUGGAAGCUCUUAUUAUGGAAGGAAAAGACAUGAAGGCUGGAAGUGUUACUGGUGUAAGAAACAUCGCACAUCCAAUAGCCUUGGCCAGAAAAGUUAUGGAGAAUACACCUCAUGUAUUUUUGAUGGGUGCAAGUGCUAAUGAGUUUGCCCAAAAAUUGGGAUUUUAAACUGUCAGCGAUGAUUAUCUGAUAACAAGUGAUGCAAAAAUAGGCUUGGACAAUUUUUUGAAAUCGGGUAGUGAACCCAUCACAACUGAAAUUGGACAUGGAGGUGUUGGCACUGUUGGUGCUAUUGGUAUGGAUGGAAACAGCGGGCAUAUGGUGUCGUGUACUUCAACAGGAGGAAUCACCGGCAAAAUGGCAGGUAGGGUUGGUGAUACACCUGUUCCUGGUGCUGGUGGUUACUGUGAUAAUACUGUAGGCACCAUUUCAACCACUGGCCACGGUGAUAGUAUAAUGCGCUAUUGUUUGGCUCAAAGAAUAAUGCAAAACUUGGAAAAUGGCGAAGCGCCAGACAUUGCAGCUCAGAAAGCAUGUGACGGCAUGUCAGCCCGUGUGGGUGGUAGCGCUGGAGCUAUUGUUAUUUCCAAAAAUAGGGAUGUUGGCAUUGGUUUUUCUUCUCCUAAGAUGGCAUGGGCCUUCUUGAAAAAUGGAAUCAUUUAUUAUGGAAUUAAAAAAGGCCAACAGUUUACAGUUAACCUGUAAAACAAAACCAAUGAGAUUACAGAACCAAAUAUUUAAUAAAUUUUAUUUGAAUAGGUUUAAUUUGUUUUUUAAAUAGUGUAAAUGUACUAAUAUUUCUGAAUGCUUAUUAAUUUAUUAUAACCAUAAAUAAUAUUAAUCAAAAUAUUGUCGUUGUUUUACCAUGAAGUAAAUUACUACACAAUUAUAAUACUUUUAACAAUCAUUAAUAUUAUUGGCAACCAUAACCUAACCAUUUACAAAAUUGGUUACUACUUAUUAGUUUUUGCAUGUAAUAUCAAUGUAUUUAAUAAAUGUGGUUAGGUUAGAUAAGAGUACUAGACAAAUGGACAGUGGCAAUAAAAUGUCAAAAAAAGAACACAUUUUUGAAUAGUUUUUCAACAUUACAGAUUUACAGUAAAUAUUAAUAAGUUUUAAUAGAUUCAUUGUGUUAAAAGGGUAAACAGAAACCAGAAGAUUUUGCUUGUCAAAACAAGAAUUGGGAUUUCAAAUAAAAUAAUUAAAAAUAUUCA